AUGAUUAUCCCUUUGUCCCCGAGAAGCAACGACGGGAUGGACCAGUACUGUAAGGAACAUCCCGGCAGCCAGGAGUGUGCCAAGCCCGUCAACGACAACGCCACCAUCAUCGCCGUGUGUGUCGUGGUGCCCGUGGUGGUGAUCUUGGCCGUGCUUGGCUUCUUCCUCUGGCGCAAUUACCGCAAGGACAAGAAAGAAUUGCUGGAGCACGACCCCGACUUCGACGAAACCGGCGACGUCACCGCGUUGCCCGACUACAAGAGCUACGGCGCCUAUAAUGGCUAUGGCAAGGAGCCAUCGCCGACGAAGACUACCACCGACCCCUUUGCUAACGACUCGCUGCUGAACGACUCUACUGCGUUUGAAAAGAAACCCAAUAUGCCCUACCAGAGCCAGUUCCACCACUCGCUGACGUCGCUCGCCAGCGACCCCUUGGAAUCGUUUUUGCCCACUCAGCACGCAACUGAGUCCAAGGUAUCUCUUAGUGACUAUAUCCGUCAGUUCCCUGAUGGCCAAGGGUACUCGAGACUGUCGUACCUCGCCCCUCACGGCGGCAUGCGCCCGACACUGUCGCUCUCAAACCUUGCCUACCAAAACCGUCUGAUGAACAAUUUGCACCAGCGUACGGUGUCUCUGGGCCAAACCACUGUGGAUGAUGCUCUUGACCAGCGUCUGAAACAUGGCGAAAUCUUAGAUGCGAACUCUGAACCGCGGACGGCGUCGGUGCUGCCAUUCGAAGAAAACUUUACGCAGCCGCCAGCCCUCCAAGUCAACAACAACGAUACUUCGUCCACCGACGAAGAUGACGAUGAAGAUGACGUGUCUAACUUUACAUUUGAGCUGCUGAGCAUGUCGUCAAAACGGCGUGCUGUUGACCGCCAACCGCUGGGAGUUGACCGCAACCCGCUGACUCUGCAUCUCCGUCAAGUGUCUGGAGGCGCUGAAUCAGCCGCUACUGGUGAACACGAACCCGCCGCCUCGCUUACCGCUAAGCCGAAGCUGCCGCGGAUCUCCCAGUUCAAUCUCUUAAACAAUGAUUCUGAUGAGGAAGGCGAACACGAGCUUACUCAGGAACAAGAAGAGGAAAUACAACGGAUGAAGCUGGUAUACCGUGUUUAUUUCGAUAAGGAUCAGCGCGAAACCUACCAGGCUGAUCUCUCCAACCCGCUCCCGCUGACACAGAUUAUAAACUCUCACCUCACCGCAAAUACCGAUUACCAAAAGCGGAUGACGACGGCGUCGCUGGUCUACGAUGCCAAGAUCGACGAGGCGCAAGCCUACCCUCACCAACAAUUUCUGCCCGACAUGGAGCAGGGCCAAUUUGUCCCCGUUCCUGGAGGCGAACAAAUGAUGAUGUCACAGCAAGUGCAACAUCAGCCUCACCCUUACCACCAAAACUUCGAACAACAGUACCAGCCGCAACCGCAACCGCAACCGCAGCAGUUGAGACCGCUCCAGCAGAUCCCCACGGCUCUGGAUAUUCGGAUGCUGACUCUUCAAACAUAUACCGACUUUGACCCUCACCAGCGGUCUAAGCGCGUACAAGCGGGCGUUCAGCGACCAGUUCAACAAGAGUUUGACCCUCUGGAACACAUGCCCGCCUCCAAUAGCCCUGCCAUCCCUCUGGCGACACAGCUAGCUCGGUCGUCGGUGGCGAUGAUGAACCCCACCGGGAUCCAGCGUAAGGCCACUUACAAGCCCGCGGGAGCGCUCCAAGCCCAGCCCCAAUUCGUUGAGGAACACGGCCACCAUGAUGGUAGCGACUUGGUGCCGCAAGCAGGCGAAGACGUUCGGCGAAUGAUGAACUCGAACUUUUAG